AUGCUCUCAAAAUGUGUCCAGACAGCUAAAUAUGGGGCCGUUGUCUUUUCCGCAGUUGCAAAGUUCUACAAGAGUUCGCCGUCAAAUACAUUCACAUGCAUCUCCAACCCCUCGAUAUCCAUCCCCUUCUCCCGCGUCAAUGACGACUUCUGCGACUGCCCCGACGGCUCAGAUGAACCGGGCACAUCCGCCUGCUCCUAUAUAUCACCUCUAUCUCCUCCACAAUACCACCCCGGACCAGACACACCUGCCAGCGUGUCGAUAAACAGCACCCUGGCCUUGCCGGGAUUCUACUGCAAAAACAAAGGCCAUCUCCCCGCAUAUCUCAGGUUUGAGAGUGUCAACGAUGGCAGAUGUGACUAUGAUCUAUGUUGUGACGGGUCAGAUGAGUGGGCAAACGUCGGGGGCAUCAAGUGUGAAGAUCGGUGCCAACAGAUCGGCAAAGAGUACAGGAAAACGGAAGAGACGCGACAAAAGAGCCUCAGGGCGGCGUUGAAGAGGAAAUCUCAGCUUGCGACGGAAGCAACGCAGCUGAAGAAGGAAGUCGAGAUAAAGAUUGAGGAUGCCGAAAUCAAACUCAAGGGGUUCCAGAUCAAUGUCAAGGAGGCAGAGGAGAAUCUAAAAGAGGUGGAGAGAAGGGAGAAAUCAAAAGUUAUCAGGGGAGAAGCUGGCGGGAAGGGCACCGGCAAGCUUGGUGUCCUUGUCGGACUGGCUAAAGCUCGAGUGGACGAGUUGAGGGCUCAUUUGGAAAAGACAAGAUCCCAGAGAGACAGUAUGGUCGCCCGGAUCACGGAGUUGGAGGGCAUUCUGGCGGCGCUCAAGGACGAACAUAACCCUAAUUUCAACGAUGACGGGGUGAAACGUGCCGUCCGCGGGUGGGAAGACUACGCCGCGAGAGACACGGACGAUACGUGGACCGAAGCCGAAGACCGUGACCUUCUCGCCGUUCUCGCCGAAGAUAGUGAGACAAACGGGAUCAACUGGGCCGAGUUCGAGAAUGACUCCGCAGAGUCCACGGCGGAAUCAGACGUGGCGGCCCUCUACAGUUUCAGCGCCUAUUUGCCGCCAUCGCUCCGCCUGUGGCUCGACGAGACCCUUGUCUCGUUCCGCAAGGUCCUGGUCGAGAAUGGGAUAUUGGCGGAUACGUCCGGCGAUCCCUCUGCCACUGGGCAAGAGUCCAAAGCCGUGCAGGACGCGAAGAAGACGCUUUCCGACGCAGAGCGGGACGUUCGCAAUGCGGAGAACGACCUCAAGCGAUUCCGCGAGGAUCUCGAGAAAGAUUACGGUCCUGAAGGUGGCAUUUUCCGCGCGUUGAAGGAUACGUGCAUCUCCAAGGACAGCGGCGAGUAUGAAUAUGAACUGUGCUUCAUGGGCUCGACGAAGCAAAAGCCCAAAAAGGGAGGCGCACACACGGGGAUGGGCAACUUUGUCGGCUUUGACACGGAGUAUGUCGAUGAACCUUCUCCAACCGCUGACGGCAAGGGAUUGGGCACCGGCGAGAGGUUGGUCAUGAAGUACGAGAACGGCCAACAUUGUUGGAACGGACCGAAUCGGAGUACGAGGGUCAUUCUUGCCUGUUCGGAGAAGGAGGAAAUCUGGAAGAUCAGCGAGAGUGAAAAGUGCGUUUAUCGCAUGGAGGUCGGCACGGCGGCGGUGUGCGAAUCGCAAUUGUCUUCGAAAAAGGAUGGUGGAGUUGACGAGACUAGGAAAGAUGAGUUGUAA